GCUGCCUGCAGUCAGCUGCCUGCUACCCGCUGUCCGGACCSGCGCAGCGUCUGUCUCGUCUCUCCCGCCAGCAUCUCAGCCUGGGCAUCCCGCGCCCACUAUGACGACGCACUCCUUUGCCCUCCCAAUCAUCAUCUUCACCACAUUCUGGGGUCUCAUCGGCCUCGCCGGACCCUGGUUCGUGCCGAAGGGACCCAACCGCGGAGUGAUCAUCACCAUGCUGAUGGCCACCGCUGUGUGUUGUUACCUCUUCUGGCUCAUAGCCAUCCUGGCUCAGCUGAACCCCCUGUUUGGGCCCCAGCUGAAGAACGAGACCAUCUGGUAUGUGCGCUUCCUGUGGGAGUGAUGGACCACCUUCCUGGCCCCAGGUGCCCCAGCUCUCUGGAUGACCCUGACUGGAUGUCCCUGGAGACAAUUCAACCCUAUCCUCCCCGACAACUGUCCUGGUCCCUCUGCACUCCCUCCUGCCAGCACCUUGGGUCCAUACCUCCCAGGCCCUCCAGGUCUAGGAUGCCCCAUCUUCCCAGACUGUGGGGGCCUGGGAAGGCUGAGCAGGGGCAUCCUGCCCUGAAACUCCCACUGCCCUGGGGUUUUCUCCCCCUCCCAAGUGGAUCCCAGCUGAGAAGCUGGUACUAGUGGGAUCUGUCCCUUACGCAUGGGGCUAAAGCCAGGACUCCAUCCAGGCGGAGGAUGGUGGCAUCCCUGAGAGGGAGGGGCAUCCAGACCCAGAGACUGGAGCCUGAGGUGGAGUCGGGCUGGGUUAUCAGCUGUUUCCCUGUCUGCUGGGAAAUGGAGGUCCCUGUUGGGUAGGCCAAGGCCUUUUCCAGCUCUGGUGGGAAAUUCAGAAUCAUUCUUUAAUUUUCUGACACAUCAAGAUGUGAAAUUUUUGGAAUUAUACUUUGGGUCAAAUUUGACACCCAUAUGGUCAGGAUCCUUUGUGGCUGUGAAGUCACUUGAUGGCUUUCUCAGGAGGCUCUGUCUCCUCAGAAUGUUCUACUCUGCCUUCCUGCCCUACUGGGGCCUCCCGAGGCUCCACUGCAGCGUCCAAGUGACCUAGAGUUGGAACGAAGAGAGACAAGUCAAGGCCUGACUGGGGACCCCAAAACCAAACAGCAAAGGUCAUGGCCACAAGCAUGAAUGGGCGGCUACGCCAGAAAGAACAGGGACACAUGUCCUUAGCCCUGUGUCUAAGAGCUGACAAUGACUUUGAGGUUGUGUACAAAACAAGGAUUGGGGGUUUGCAUAGCUGCAGGCUUUGCAGAGCUACCAAAGCUGGUGACCUUGAUAGGAGGUUGCUGUUGCUUGUGAGGCAUCUUGGACUGAGCACGAGAUGUUUAUCAAUCAGACCUGUUGUUCCUGGAAUCCAGGAUCACUCUGAGCAGAG